GUGUUGUUAGUCAUUCGCAGUAUAGACGUCGCCCAGACAGGAGGAAACAAAAGGCGCACAGCAAUAUAACAACAGUUAGAUUCUGUUCAUUUUGUUCGGUUUAAUUUGUUUUUGACUACAUAUAUAGAUACAUAUACGAUUUGGUUUCAUUGUUUCCAACGCAUCCGAAAUUUCAAUUCAUACUCAACGCUUAUUAUCGCCUAAUGGUUGCUCAAAUUAUUGUUUUACUAUUUAUUGUUGUGUUAAGAUAAGAAGAAGCAGACAUUCAAGUGCAAAACGAAUUUUUGUUAUACACCGACAAGUGCAAUGGCCACCAUUACAACCACAAACACGGCGGCUGCUGGUGCGCAGCACAGCAUCGUGCAAAUGGCUAGCCGACAGAUACCACACGGCCUUGGUCUGCUCACAACAGUCGCCUCGCUGCCUCCAAAAUAUCGCAGUCGUUACCUGAACCUCAAAUCCAAGUUCGAAACACCGCUGGAUCUCUCGGUGAAACCGAACUCACCUGUGCCCACCAACACCGAGGAGAUAGCAAACGAUGUACCGAUGGCUAGUACAUUUACCGAAGUGUACACGGAGCCCAGUGACGAGCCGAUAGCAACGCAAGUGUUUAGCGACUCCAGUGAGGUCUCCCUAGUACCUAUCAGCCACGGAGUGUACGUCCUGCAAGAGACGGGAGUGUCUCAAACACAGGAAGAGGAAGCCAUUGUGACAAUAACCCAAAUCGCUAAACCCAUAACUCCACCGCCGACGCCCACCAAGCGAAAACACGCUGUUAUGCUCGAGGAGGCAGAGACGGAAAAAGUGUUCACAGUUUUGGAGGCCCCGAAAGCUGUAGCUGUUCAGACGCGCGAGAAUCCCGCUAAACUUGCGAAGACCGCUACCAAUCCGAGUACCAAACGCGACUGUACGCCUUCAAAACCAAUCAAAGUUACCGACACGGCGCCCAAAACUGUAAAAGCUCAGCCGCCAGCCUCCAAACCAACGAAGAACAAGGCGACGCGCAAGCUCAAGUUCGAUGAAGAGACGAGUUCCCCUGUAUCAGGCACCAUUAUACGUCCACUGGAGGACAUCACCGAUGGCAUAGUGCAGUACAGCAAUGGCGAUAUCGAUCCCAAGUAUAACAUUGUCGAAAUCACAGAGGAGACCAAGGCUGAGCUGGCGGCAAUUAAGAACGUUAUUGGCGACUACAUUUGCAAGCUCUGCCGCCUCAAGUUCGAGGACGCCUUCGGUUUGGCCCGUCAUCGUUGUGCCUGCAUUGUGCUGCUGGAGUACCGUUGCCCCGAGUGCGGCAAACAGUUCAACUGCCCGGCCAAUUUGGCAUCGCAUCGUCGCUGGCACAAACCGAAGAAAACAGCAGCAAACAGCAGUGCCACAGCGACAUCUGCUUCGCGUAAGGAAAACCGGAAUACGACCAACAAUACUGCGGCUACACAGAGCGCACCAAAGUCAACCGAUCAGUCCACAGAUCUGCCGUUUCCUUGCGAUAUUUGUGGCAAGCGCUUCAAGCGUGCAGCCUAUCUACGCAAGCACCAACAGACCCACAAUAAGAAGCGGACAACGAGUGCUAGCGCCAACGCCACGGUCGCGGUGCCCACGCAUGAGCCACCCGCUUUGGUGGCCGACGGCAGCAUAUCGACCGCAUCUACAGCCAUUAUGGGUGCUGGCUCCUACCAAUCUUACGGGGGCUCCGCUUCAUCCGCCUCGAGUAUGCACUCGUACAACGGCACCACCACAGAAGAAGAGGCUGUAGUCAGCUAUGCCGCAGCAAAUGGCGGCUACAUAGAGUAUGUGGACGAUGAAGACGAUGUGCGCUCGACGACGAGCAGCACUAAUUCGACGGGCUAUGGACGCUUGCAAAUCGUCGAGACCGGCCUGACAGAGGAGGAGAAUAUUGCGGCCGCAGCGUUGACGAAUUUGCGGAACUGUGCCUCGGUGAUUCAACACACAACACUGGCGCACUGAUUGCACGGCGACAGGAACACCCUCGUUGUCAGGACGACUGGCAUGUGAAAUGUGUGUGUGAGUGUGCGUGUGGUGUUGGUGUUGGUGUAAGUGCAAGUGAGCGUGGGUAAGGUGGCAUGCACAACUAGCAGCUUUAUGGUGGUAGACAGCAGCAGACGGCGGCGAGUGAUGAUUGCUACGUGAGUGGGCAGUGCUGGGGUUGGGGUGAUUGGGUGGCGGAUUGUAAAUAUUUUCAGUGAAGUGCAGCGCCAGUUAAGGGUUGAUUUGUGUGUUUUCACUUAUACAAACAUAUUUUAGGAAAGUUAUGUUUAAGUUCAGUGCUUCUGUUUUUGUUUUUUUUUUUUUGUCUAUUUUUGUUGCUUCGUUUAGCUCUGCAGCUAAGUACACCAAAGAUUAGUUGUAACCGGUUGGGAUGGCGGCGUUUUGGCGCGUUGAAGUUCGCCAUACCGCCGCCAUUUUAUGUUUUCUCAAUUAUCAGGCUUCUUCGGUUAGGUUUAGUUUAUGGUUAGGUUAGCUUUUAAAUGAAAAUAGUAUUGAGAAACCAGCAAACGAGCAGUUCUAGUCAUUGGGAACGCAAACGCAAGCUAGUCACUAAUUUUACAGAUCACACAAGUCACUCGGCAUGACUUUGUGACAUCAGCUUCUUAGGAUCUCAAACAUUUAGGGGUUUACCUAAAGAGAAAUACCGCAAAAUGUAUUUUGUUUUUUUCAACUUAGUUCAUAACCUAGAUACUAGAUAACAAAUGUCAGGCGAAAUAGUGCAGUAAAAAAAUUUAGUUUAGUUCAAAGGUUCGGAAAUCCUCUUUCGAGGCGUAGUGACCGAAAGAGAUGAGUGUGAACUCUAGUCAACUUGUUACGCAAAAACCAGUUAGGUUCAUUUGUAGAACUCUUAGUCGAUUAGGUUUUAUUCUAAUUUAAUUUACUAUAUAUUUUACGCAAUAGUUAAGUAAAGAAUUUAAUUAUUAUUU